AUGCACAUGUUUGUUCUGAGGUUUUUGAACACUUACAUAUUCUUAGACAAUUUAUAGUCUUCCUAGUUACAGCCUUGGAACAUACUCUGAAACAUAAAAACCUGCGAAAGAAUUGUUCAUAUAAUGAAGUUAACAUUUAAGAUAUUGGAUGAGCAUUAAACCAACACUGUCUUUUGGGCAAACAGAGGUUUCAGUCUUUUCAAAGUAAACUUUAAGUUGUUGGGGGGGUUUUGUUUUGCUUUGUAUUUUAAAUAAAACGUAUAGAGACAGGAGGAUAUUCAAAUAUUCUUGCUAGAAGUAUAUUCCGAAAUGAGUGUUUAACCAAAGUUGUACUGCCUAUGUAAAAAGUUGGGAUUUCAUACUGCAAACCACCUCUUUUAACAGAACCUUACUGAAGAAUUCAUAGGAAAAAGAGGGAGCAGUUCUCUGAAGAUAGAGCAGAUAGCUUUGUUAUUGUGCUUUGUCCUAGGAAGUAAAAGCCAUGAGUUACUUUUCUUUAACGGUGAGUGAUAUGACAAUUAAGUUGUAUUAGCUUCUUAUUUUAAUCACACUUUGUUCAAUAAUUAAUCAUAUUGACGAAUUUUUCCUUGUCAUGAAGUUCAGAACAGCAAUACGUCUGCCUUCUUUCACUGUCUGGUUGAGGUCUUGAUCGUCUUUAAGGGAGAAUGGAGAAUUCAGAUGAUGGAAAAGUGAAAUUUUCUUGUUAAAAGUUAGAGUAAAAAAAAAUCGGCAGGAAUUGUACAGAUCCUAAUAAAACUUUGGAAGGAGCAUAUGGAAUAUUCAACACUUUUUUUUUUUUCUGUGGCUGAUAUACUAGCAUUCAGUCAAUUUCUUUGCAUAUCAGAAUCAGAUGCAGUAUACCACUCCCCCUUGCUCCCAAAGAAAACUCCACCCACCUCCAAAAAUCUGUUAUUUGAACAACUUAAAAUCCUGUUACCUAGCAUUUUUUCCUCAAUCUUAUACAUUCUUCCUCUCCUUUUGAGGCUCCUCUGUGAUAAAGUGGUAUAUAGAAGCCACACUGCCCUGCUGCUGAACCUAGUGCAAGUUACAUUGGUACCAACUUUUUCUAAUUCAGAGCUGGAAUCUGUGUGUGAAGUAAGAGAAGAGAUUUUAGCCAGAGUGCCUUGGUCAUUUACAGUUCAGGCUACUGUAGCAUAUUGCCUUGGACUAUCCUAAAAGCUGCUUAGCAGAGUUUAUUUGAUAGAUGUUGUGCAUCUGCCUGUAAAGCUUUCCUAUUGUAACUAUUAGUAGUAUAAUACAAGGUUGUCUUUUUUUCUUUUUCUUUUUUUUUCUUUGGAAAGUGAACAUAUUUGCUAUAUUUUGGUUUUUAUUUCUUGUCCUUAUUUACUGAUUUUUAGUAGUCUUUCUGCUGUGUCAGCAGUGACUUCUCACUCUGGUAUCCUGGAAACCGUAGCUACCUUUAGUCAGGUUACUUGGGAUGACAUACGACAGAAGAUAAGUUGAAGCAGCUGAUCCCUCAAAAUAGAAGUUAAAGGUGUACAGAAACUGCUUGAAAAGUAGAUCGUUCUUACAUUGUGAUUUCGCACAUAGACAGGCUGGUUUCCUUAUUGCCAAAAGGAGGAAGGCUUGCUCCCCCAACUUGGACUGAAUAAUCCUGCUGCCUCCUGCAUGCCAGCUCUGGCACUUGUCAGACUUUGCCAUGUGUUGACUUAUCAAGAGAAAAUUUUCCAUCUUUUUGCUGGAGUUUUGUUAUGUUUCAGUGAGUUAAAUGAGCUCACAGAAGGAUCAAACAAGUGCCAGAGCCAGCAAAAGGUAGACACCAGAGGCAUGAAUUCAGAAGCAGGCACCCUCCUGUGUUUAUGGCAGUGAGUGAGUCAGUCAUUAAAUCAGCUUGCUGCCUCUUGAGGAAUCGUAGCCUAAAAGCUUAUUUAGCCAUGUUCUGAAUGAGUGGGCGACUCUGAAAGAGUUUCUGACAGGCUGUGUAGAAGAGAAAGGAGGCUUACAUUAUGCAGAAGCCUGUUUCAGGUGUCACUUAUUUAUAUAAGAUGGCCUGGACACUCACUAUCAGAGGUGUUUUGAACAGUUUGAAAUAAUUUUAUCAAGGACUUCAUCCAUGAUAUUUCCAUUCUUUAAAUGUAAGGAAGAAGUUUAAUACUGUUGUAUAGAUAUUUAACAUCACUGUUUUAAACAAUGAAAAUAUUUGUUGGUGCUCUUUAUGUAUUUUAUGAAAUGGGGAUGAUAAUAGUUCUGUAAAUGGGUGUGUGUAUCUGUUAAAAUUGACUCUGUUGUUUCAAAGAGAAAGGCCAGUUUGUGGUUAAAAUUUGUAUGUAUGAAGAGGACAUACACUCCAGAAUGAAGUGUUUUGGGUCAUGAUGCAACUGCCAGACUUUGAGUAAAUCAUUUAAAAUUUCUGUUUCAAUUUCAUGUGGAUGAAGUAUGAGUAGCUUGUCUCAAGUAUUGUAAAGACGAAUUUAAUUAUGAAUAUCAGGUACUCAAAUAGUACAGAUAUGGGCUUACUGAAGAAAAUUCAAUAAGUAAUUUUGUUAAAGAGCAUCUUUAUUAGACAUUUAUAUGUAGAUAUUUAUACAUAUUUAUUAAAUCAACCCAUUGAGUAACCCCAGGUCAAGAUUUCCAAAGCAUCUAGGCAAUUUAAAUAUAUAUUCUUUGCCAGUUUAGUGGAAAGUGUACCAAAUCACUAAGAUCCAUAUAAAUGUCUCCAGCUGGGUGUUAAUAGCUGUAUAAUUGCAUAAAGAUUGCAUGUGGUCAGCAGCUGAUAAAAUCUGUGGUUGUCUCAGAUGAUGUUCAGUGGCUCCUAUAUUGAUUGGAAGGCAAACAGGAAGGUAAAGGGUUUCCUUAAUGGUAUACCCUGGUGUAAUAGAGAGCUCUUGGAAAUAAGUUUUAGAACUAUAAAAAUGCAAUGCUUAAAUUCAAACUAUUUUUAAUGAGGAAGCAGCCUCCAGCAAAACUGUAGGGAGAAAAACUAGUGAAAAUACAGGAGCCAGAAUGCUGUCCAUCUUUAGGGACUUUGGCUUUUUCACACUGUUUUAAUGUGUGAUUACUGUCCUUUGUUUUUGGAAAUCUGUCAAUGUAAAUUACAGUCCUGUCUGAAAAUUGUUAACGAAGUAAUACCUGCAAUUAUUCUAACUGUGAAAAUUAGCAGAGGGCUGUUGGGUUGUUUUGAUGGGUUUGAUUUUUUUUAUUUUACAGAGCAUUUUAUAGUUGGUUUCUCUUUCUUUUGUAUAAUGGAUUGUUUUAGUUGUUUGCUUGCUUUCUUACAGUAAUGGAGGAGAGAAAAAUACUUCAAAAAUGAGUAAGCGUGGUUGUAAAACCACAUAAAUAUGCUGAUAGAGUCAGGGCUACUUGCAAUGAUGAAAUUAUUUUUCAUUUUUUUAAUUGACUAGAUUUGAAGCCGAUGUUCCUUUUUUUUUUUUUUUUUUUUUAACAAAUCCUAUGUAAUGACUAAAUCAUAAAAUAUGCACCCAUCCACUCCUAAGAGCAUGUAAAGAUAAUUUACAAAAUAGAUCUAAGAUGGUAAAAUCUUACUUUUUCAGAAAGUUAGUUAAUAAUUUCAGUUUAAAUAUAUUUGCUAAAGUAACUAUACUUUCACUUAGAGCUUCAAACCAAAUCAGGUUCUGAUCUGACAAAAUUUAAUGCCAUAAUUUCAGAGCUUGUGAUUCGGCAGCAAAUGUUUUUCAAGGAAGUCUUCUGGGUUCAAGUCAGAAAAGUUUGGAAGGUGUUUAUUCUGAUUCAACCUAAUCUGUAAUAAGGGAGGAGAUUUAAAUUGCACGCAAACUGAAAGAGAGCAAGGUUUGGUUUACAGUUUGAUAGAAGGCCUGGAGUUCACUAUUUUUACAGGAUAACAACAAUAGCAGUAUUUUAAGGUACUAAAAGGAUUUCGCUUUUGAAUAUUUAAGACAUCAUAUCUGACCUUAAUCUUGCUGCUGUCAAUAGUUUGUAGAUCGUAAAUUUGUAUUCCCAUGGUAUUUUGUUUCAUCUGAAACUUUCUUCUGUUAGGAAAAUAACCAGUGUGAAAUAUAAAUAAUAAUAAAUCCUCAGUGGUAGUGCCUGUUUUUCAUUCUAAUGUGUUAGGAUGGCCUACCAAGGACAUUUAUUAUGACUAUUCUGUUGACUAAAGAACUGAAGGAGAAUACAAAUUUAGAAGCGGUUGUAUGUACAGUUGACAGCUAAGGAAUAUAUAAAGAACUUUAUACUUUGAAUUUCAAUCAGCGGAAAAAGAGAUUUACUGUAGAAAGUAUGCUGAAAGAUGAAAAAAAUACAUAUGCACAUUUUGGGGAAGACAAGAAAUUCUUGUGCAUGAAGAGGCAGUAGGACAUUGAAAAGAUCACACUUGAUAUUUUUAAAUGUGGUCUGUAUCUCCAUAGGCUAGUUACUCUACAGGUAAUUCUGUCACUGAGGUCAACUAACGUGGAACAAACCCUCUGCAUGCUCUAGUCUUCAAAACAGAGCAUGCAGACUGCUUCCUAGGAAUGUGUUCCAGCCCAUAAUAACUUCCCACGCAUAUAGAGGAACUGCUGGGGGUGGAGGGAGAGGGGUGCUAUUUGACAUAUUCCAAAAGUAUGUCAGAUACUAUUUCACAAACCUAAUACUAUGAAUGAGCAGAUUCCUGUGUCCAGGAAAAUUCUCUAGUAGUGUUUCAUUUAUAAAAUACUUGAAGUCAUAGAGUGUUGGAAGCGGAAAAAUUUGGAGAAAUGCCCCUAGGAUAACAUAAGGACAUGAGAAAGACUGGAGAAAUUUAAGGGGUUACUGUUGGCAGAUUUGACUCAUAUGUUAAGAUUUACAGAAAUAAUUUAUAACUUUAUCCAUAGUGCAAGCAUAUACAGACAAGUGAUGGGAACAGUGCAAAGGAGGAAGUUUGGCCACUUCAUGACUUGCUUAUGGCCAUAUGUCAGAACUGUAGUCCCUGCUUUUAGGUAGUGUGUUGAAGCUGAUUUAUUCACCUGGACUUCAGUAGCAGGCAAAGUACAACCCUAGAGAAUGAGCUCAUUCAUUUGUGUGCGUGUGUUUCUUUGCCAAGCUCCACUUGAAAGGAGAGCAUUACAGCUCUGAAGUUUAUUGCUGCAGAAAGACUGACACACAAGGAAGAUGCUGUUGAAGAGUUCAGCGGGAUUUAUUGUGCUGGUGCUCUCUCAUUGUACUGUGUCAGUGAGCACCAAAGAAGCAGUGGUCUUGGCUAAUGCUCACCUUCUCCCCCAAAGAGGCUAUGAGAGAUUGGCUAAUGUCAAUGACAAAGACUAUCCAAGGGAUUGUUUUGAGAUUUUUCAGCGCUCCCCAGGAAAUUCCAAAGAUGGUCUUCACAUCAUCCAACCAAAGGAAGAUCCAAUUGUUGUCUAUUGUAAUAUGCAGGAUGGUGGCUGGACAGUGAUCCAGCACAUUACAGCCAAUAGUACUGUCGACUUCGACAGGACCUGGCAGGAUUACAAGUAUGGAUUUGGUUCUGUUCAACACAACUACUGGUUAGGAAAUGAAUAUAUGCAUCAAUUAACUAGCAGCUCCACGCAGUAUAUACUUGGAGUCAAGCUUGUUGACCUAAAUGCUAAAAUCAAAUGGGGACAGUACGAACCAUUCCUUAUUGAAGAUGAAGAGUCUCAAUACCGAAUAAGGGUUGGUCUAUACAAAGGCAAUGCCACUGAUGCUCUGACCCUGGACACAGAAGCUUAUCUCCAUGAUAACCAGAAGUUCACCACCAAGGACAGAGACAACGAUAAUUACUUUCAGAACUGCGCUAAAUUAGAAUUCAAUGGCAUUCCAGGGGGAGGCUGGUGGUAUGAUGCAUGCGCUGGCGCAAAUCUGAACCACAGGAAUGUGAUAUACUGGCAGAAGGACUGCAACAAGAUACGUAUGUGCAAGUUUGCAUGGAUGAUGAUCAAACCCAUUGACAGUGGCCUGUCGUAUACAACCAAGUCUCGUCCAUGUCAGAAAGAUGAACUGUAGAUAAACCAUGUGUAUUUUGAAGGGAACAUAGUAAAUGAAAUUUCUAGAA